AUGGUGAUUACGCGUGGUAAUGGUAGCCAGCCCAGUAGCAGUACAACACAGCCUGAAGUGGAACCGCACCAGCUUUUGGAGAUGAUUCAUGGAUUGGUGGCGAAUCAGCAGUUCUUGGCUGGGCAUUUGCAGCGGGAGCCUCAGCAUCAGCCUCCCCAUCGUCCAGAGUCUAGUGUUAGGGAGUUCCGGUAUAUGCGGCCCCCUUCUUUCUCUGGUACUGAAGGACCCCUAGCAGCGGAGGAAUUCUUGAAGGUCACUGAGACUAUUCUCACGGUGACCCAUAUUGCCCCUGCUGAAUGGGUUGACCUUAUGGAUAUUCAGCUCACCGACACCGCUCGGAUUUGGUGGACUGCAAAAAAGGCUCAUUUGGAGAGACUGAUUUUGUGGGAUAAAUUCACAGACCGCUUCAACAGGAAAUAUUUUCCUCAGUCAGCUCGGGAUGAACUCCUACGAAGAUUUGUUGAGCUCAAGCAAGGAGGGCGAACAGUUGACGAGUACGAGGCUGAGUUUUCUUCUAUGAGCCGAUAUGCUCCCCACUUGGUUACAGACCCUACGAAUAGGAGGCAUCAGUUUCAGAUGGGUCUGAACUAG